AUGAAUGAAAAGAGAAUAAUGUUUUAUGUAAAGCCGGUUUACUGCAGAGCAGAGGCAGGCCAUAUAAAUUUUAUUUUUUCCUACCCCAGUAUAGAAAAUGGCAAUGAACUUACAGCAGGGAGAGAAUACAAUGGACAUCACACAGGCAUCUGA